CUGCUCCUUGCGCACGCCGGUUUAAAUUUUAGUUUUUAGUUUAGCAAGUGUUUGGGAUCUUUGAAAAGGGCGUCACACUCGAAAGUAAAUGUUUUAAUAAAUGUGCCACUGUGUGUUUAAAAGGAAAACGGAGCCGUGCAGGAUGCACAACAAGCUGAAGCACCGUUUUGUUGAGAAUUAUUUGCAGUUGUAGAGGCAGAAUCCAGUGAAAUAGAAAUUAGCUAUAUAUUUAUUUUUCUAUUUCUGUUAAAACUAAGCUGAAAUUUAUGCAAAAACAAGCCAUUUCUUUUAAUCUCGUACACUUUGUUGCGCCCAUUCUUGAUUUAUAACGGUUUUUAUAAUGCCGUCACUCUCGCACUCGCACCCCCCAUAAAAGAAAAAGCUCUGCCAAAGAAGGAGGGACACAUCAAGAUCGACUCGAGACUCGAGUAUAGUGAAAUGUCGAACAAAUUUGUGUUUGUGUUAAAGAAUACGGUAAAUUCGUACAAGAGCGGCCGUAAUUAAGUGACAGUCUGUAAGUUAAAUAUUUUCGUAUUUAGUCGGCGGCGAGGCAAGGAGCUGACUACACAUUAUAAUAUUUUAAGCGAAAGUUAGAAAGAACAACAAAGAGUGCACCAGCUAUCAAAAAUUCAAUUCAAUUUCAAAAGCGAAAUCAGAGAAAUAAUAAUCGAACUCGGUGGGAGAAAUUGUAUUGAAAACCCAUUGAAUCAUAAUUAUUAAGCAAAACUACAAAUAUUCAGUAAAAAGAAAAAAGAAAAAAAAACAUUUAAAAAAAAUUUAAACAUCAAAAAGCCUAACAAAAAAUAUUUAGUCUUAAACACUAAGUAGGAACUAAAACAAACGCUCAAAAGCAGCAAAGAAGCAGCGAGGAAAGGCCAGAACAGCAGAAUCAACAAAGAGUUAUGUACACAGCGAGUAGAGCAGACAUGAAGAUAUUUGCCACCAACAUUGAUGCUCCGUCAUCUGAUGAGAGCAUCACAGCCACAUCCACAGGGAUGCAACAGCAACAACGGCAGCAGCAACAGCAGCGGAAAUUCAGGCAAUGUUUUGCCGCAACUGCUGCCAUGCCGAGCCAAACAGUGCUGGUGCAGCAAACGAAACAGCAGAAUGUGAGCAAUAAUACGUCUGCCAAAUACAAUAAUGCCAAUGAAAUGAGUAACAAGUCGGCGAAUCUGCUGCGACAGUCGGUCAAGUUUCAUAAUCAUACCGGCAACAAGCGCCAACAACAACAGCAACAACUCUUUGGUGGCAACAACCACUCCAUAGUGCGUAAGAACAGCGGCAACGACUCCAAUCUGCAGUCGCCGCAUUAUUUUCAACAGCAGCAACAUAUUUCGGCAGCUUCAACAACAACCAUUACCACCACCACCAACAACAACAGCGUUUUGAUGAAAAAUCAAAAUAUUCAAACAAAUGAUGCCAACAACAACGACAACAACAAUCACUCGGGCAUCAAAUUAACAACAAAAACGUCGAAAAACCACAAAAAGCGCAAUGCGCUGUCCUCAUCCUCCUCAAUGGAGUCGUCGUAUUAUCGCAGCUGUUCAGAGUCCUCCGCGGUUGGCACGGAGAAAGCGACAAUCGCGAGCACAGCUUCAACAAGUCCAAACGCGCUCGCCCAUAUUGGCGCAGAAUCGUGUUAUUCAGCAGUCAUAGAUCAGCUAAUACCAAUGCCGCAAUCGAAACUGCAAAACGGCACCAGCAACUGCAAUGAGAAACAGGUACCUCGCCAGCAAUCGCUGUGCUUUUGGAACACCAGCGAUCAAGUCUAUGUGAAGCCACAAGCAUAUGUGACAACGACAACGCAACAACAUAUGUCUGCGCUGUCCUCCAAACAAUUGGAGACUAGCAACUUAUCGGGAAUGUCGAAAACAACGCCCACAACCAUCGAGGUAGGCAGCAACAAUAAACAGUCGCAACGUAGCCUGCAAUACAAGCACCGUAGUCCAGAGCUGGAGCGCACGAACUAUCAGCAACAACAGCAGCCGCAGCAGCAGCAGUCGCAUUACUAUCAAAAUUCUUAUCCACAGCCAAAGCAGUUGACAAUUGCGUCCUUUCUGCAAAAGGAACUGCUGCCUGACAAUGAGAUUGCCAGCGAGCAGAGCAGCAGCAACAACCGUCAUAGCGCUGGCAAUAACAGGCACAGCGGUAACAACUAUUCACGCCAGCAGCAGCAGCAGCAACAGGGACAAUAUCAACGUUACGGAAAUGCACAUUAUAUUGGUGGCAGCUAUAGUCACAACAACAACCACAGCCAGAACAACAGCCACAGCUGCCAGCAACACCAGCAGCAGCAGAUGCAUCAGCAACAUGCUAAUUAUCGUCGCAAGCACAACAACAACAAUAAUAACAGCAUCGGAAUCGGAAAGAAGAUGCAUUUCGGCUACAGCAUUGCCGUAAAUGCAAAUGCAAAUGGAAGUGGUUGUGGAAGUGGCAGUGGCAACGUAGGAGGAGCACAAAUCUUGUCUGUCGGCACCCCAACCUCAACGAUAGCAACAACAUCCAGUGCUUCGGCGGCAGCGACAACUUCAAACAACUUCAAUAGACGCCUGAAGAACAACUAUUCCAACAAUUUUAAUCAUAAUGGGCAUCAUCCAUUAAUGUUGGCCACCAGCGGGCCCGUUACGACGGCACAUCAUCAGAAUUUCUACAACCUGACCUACGUCAAGGUCGAUGUAACGGACUCGCAACCGCAACCGCAACUGCCAACAGCAACGCACCUCACGGCCUCACCACAGCAGGUUGAGACGACAGCAACAGCCACCGCUGCUGCUGGUGGAGUGGAUGGAGGAGGAGGAGGAGAGCCUGUGGCCUUGACAAUGACAGGUGUGGCCAACAAACAGACGGCAGCAUUGCUCCUAACACCGGCCAUCACGCUGACGAAGCCAAUAACGCCACAGCCGAAUGGUGUCGGCAUGUUUGUGCCGCCGCCAAACACAUUGCAAUACAACGCCGCCAUACUGAGUCGCGUCAUAAUGUCGCCCGAGGUCGGUGGUGCGGGAGAUGCUGCCGUUCUGUCGCCAACCACACCCGCCAACAUGAUUAGAUGUGCCCAGCUGGACGAGGCGAUUACCGCUGCAGCAGCUAGUGAUGCUACAGCAGCAGCAGCAGAGUUACCGCUCGCUGCAGCCACUGUUGUUGCGCUGCAGAGUCCCACCUAUGCUGCUGUGCCGCUAAUGCUGCAGCCCGUCUCUGUGGAGUCACAAAACAAUAUUAAGUCGCAGCUGUUGCCCGCAACUCCAAUCGGCCAUCAACAGCAGCAGCCGCAGCAACAACAGCAACUGAUCUUUGGCUUUCCCGAUAGUUAUCCGACGGCGACGGCAGCGAUCUGGAAUCAUGUCUCCUCGCCGUGCUAUCAGACGCCUUUCGCUGCUCUCGGCGCAUCGCCCCACAGUCACAACCACCAUCAAAAUCUUAAUCCGAAUCAGGUGGAACUGCGUGAUAGUUCCGCGCGUAGUUCGAUAUCUCCCGCAUCGUCCGACUGCUCGCUGGCCUCGCUCAGUGAACCACAUUGGAGCAAUCGCAAUCGCUUGAUGGCUCCAACAAUGCAGCGUCAUCCGCCGCAACAUCAGUCGCACCACCAGCUUCAGCCGCAGCCCUAUAUGGAUCUGUUGUCGCCUACGAUGGCAUCCUCGAGCAGCACACCCUCGCCUCAGCAUCAGGCGCUGCCGCAGCCACAGUUGUCACCACAAUUGGCUGGGAUGAGUGGAAUGCAUGGAAUGCCACAAGCACAGUUACAGGCGCCACCACCGCAACCACAACAACAAUCUUCGUAUGGGCCGCCACCACUUUUGGGCGCUGGUGGACAUAACUACCACCCGCACUAUUGCGGCAACAACUGCGGCUGCGGCUCGAACUCGAAUGGAUCGAAUGCGUCGAUAUCUUCGAUGGCAUCUUCAAGCAACAUGCCCCUCGCCGGCUGGUACGAGACGAUGCUGCCACCGGAUCGGUACUUGGUACAGGCACGUAACGUGGAACUGACAGCGCAGCCGGAGCAUUUGGUGCGGAACUGUAAAUAUGAUGGACUGUCUGUGGAUAUUUGGAAACGUUUUCGCUCCGCACAGCAGACGCACAAGAUGUUCAAGUUGAAGAUGCGUCUGUGGCGUCAUCUCUGCCUCUGGAUUAACAAAGGGGUGCAUCCAUUGCAGCAGCCAAUGUUCUCGAGGUUCCGCAUCUGUUUAGUUGGCUCGACAAUAACCGGAUUUGGCACCGACUCCUCCGAUAUCGAUAUGUGUCUCCUGCCCCAACAACAGCCCCAGCAACCGGCCCCACAUCAGUACCAUUACCAUAACGAGCAACGCACCGAGGCGUUAAUUAUCCUGAACCUGUUCCACGAAGUAUUGAAGGAGACGGUUGUUUCCAACCGCCUAUCUGUAGAAAUAUUUCAGGAAUUCAAUCUAAUUGAGGCGCGUGUGCCGAUCCUUCGCUUCAAGGACGGUUUCAACGGCAUCGAAGUCGAUCUCAAUUACAACAACUGUGUUGGCAUCAAGAACACCUAUUUGCUGCAAUUGUAUGCGCAGUUGGAUUGGCGAACGCGUCCUCUAGUCGUAAUUGUGAAACUUUGGGCCCAGUACCAUGACAUCAAUGAUGCCAAACGUAUGACGAUAUCAAGCUAUUCGUUGGUCCUAAUGGUGCUCCAUUAUCUGCAGUACGGCUGUGUGCCGCACGUCCUGCCCUGCCUGCAUGCCCUCUAUCCGGAAAAGUUCAAUUUGGGGCAGCAGGACUGCGUAGAUUUGGACCUCAUCGAGCCCAUCGAAACGUAUGCUACGCACAACACCCAGACUCUGGGAGAGCAUUUGUUGGGCUUUUUCAAAUACUACAGCAAUUUCGAUUUUCGAAACUAUGCGAUAUCCGUACGCACCGGUGGAGUGCUGCCUGUGGCCGUCUGUCGCAUGGCCAAGAGCUACAAGAACGAUGCGCAUCAGUGGAAGGAGCUGAACAUUGAGGAGCCCUUCGAUCUGUCGAAUACUGCACGUUCGGUUUACGAUUUCGCUACGUUUGAGCGCGUGAAGAGUGUUUUUGCAGCCUCGGCUCGACGUUUGGAGCACUCGCUGAAUCUCAAUGCCAUAUUCGCACCCAUAGAUCCUAUCUCGCGCCCUCCACUGCAUCAAUACCACCAUCCAACACAACGGAAGCAACAACAGACAUUUUUCAUGCAAAAUUAUGAUGGUAUUGGCGGAAAAAUGGGAAGCACACCACUAGGAAGCCACCCGCCAGCGGCGUCGCAUGUUGCCUGAGAGCAGCUAAGAUCCUUUAUACCAACAAUAAUCGCAACACCGAUGUCUCUAUGAAGAACUACUGGCCCAGAGGCUGGUAAAUGCUGUUUAUGCGAGCGAUCUAUAAGAAAUCAGAAGGACUUUGGCUAUGCAAUAUGUUAAUAAUUCCAAAUUUUAUAGAGUAAACCAAAUAUUAUACAAACACAUAUAUUUUCAACAACUAAAAAGGGUGCGGGCAAUCCGUGAGAGAGCACUUUAAAUUCAUUUUCACCCAGCUAUUGAAAUACCCAUUUAUGUAAAGUCCAUGAAAUGGCACCCAAAGCUAAGUAUGUAAAUUCAAAUUUAACAUUUGGAACCACACCACUAAGUUGGAUUUGAAUAAGUUCGUCUAAAGUUCAACAAUUUAUAUAUUAUAUCAUCGGAAUGUUUGAUGAUCAUGUUUCCUCUUCAAUUUUUUGUAAACAUCCACAAUAUCAUUUUAAAGUUGUAUUUGCUUUUUUAUAAUACUAUAUAUUUAUGUGAAUUUAUUUUCCCCGCAAAAGAUGUAUCAGCCUUCGAGUAUUCAUGUAAUUGAAAAAAGCAUUGUAAAAUCACACCCAAAUAAAAAAGAAAUACAUA